GUGAAGAGGUGGAAUCGGGCAGCACGAGUGAGUCAAAUUGAUUUUGGAACGCUUUUCAAGUUGAUGGCGGCUGUCAGAUUGACAGUGACUUUGGAUGUGCUUUGUGUGUAUUGGUGGGAAUAGUUCUUGCUGGCGUGCCGUGCGUAGUUCCAAACGUUUGUUUUUGAAGAAGUUUCGCAAAUUUUCAUCAAAGCAUGUCUGAUAGUGACUCAAGUUCAAGCAGCACUUCGAGCUCCUCGUCGUCUUCAGGCUCGAGUUCCGAUUCGGCCAGUUCGCCUGAGAAGUCUCCUAGUCUAGCCACGGUAACCAAGCGCCGGAAAUCUGCAUCGUCGGAGUCUAAACGAGGCAGGAAGCAACGACCUCGACCAGAAGGACAUACUGCAAGUAGUAUCCCUUCUGAACCGACAACAAUCUCUCCCAAGGAACAAGGCACUGGGAAAAGCCCAGCCGAAAGUGAAAAGACCGAGCGAAUCGAUCAGGAAGGACGAGAUUCAGCUUCGCAAGCUAAGUCUCCAGAAAACUCAUCAGAAAUCCCGGAGAAAACUUCCCCAAAACCUGAAACUGAAACGAAAGUACCACCUGCCGAAUCGCGGGAAUCAAAUUCAGCGGAAAAAAGGACAGAGGAUCGAUCUGGGAAUCGUAAGCGCGCGCACACUACUGCUGACGAAGAAAAUACCUCGAAAUCGAAAACAGCUAAGCAGGAAGACAACGCUACAACCAUCGCGCAAUCUACUGAGAAAGACACUCUCAAACAAGAUGAUAAAAAUGGGGAAAAGACUGAAUCAUCUGAAAAAGAGUCAACGAAACAAAGCCGAGCGCCAGAAUCCAAGGAAGACAAAUUAGUGGAAAAAGACCGAAAAGAAGACACCAGGGAUCAACGUCGCGGGAAUGAUUCCCGAGAUCGAAAUGAUGAUAGAGGGAAGGAGAGAAGGAGGCGAAGCAGAUCACUAGAUCGUAGGAGGCGAAGCAAAUCUCCAAUUGGCAGAAGACGAAGUAGAUCGACAGAAAGGAGGGGUCGGAGCAGAUCGCCAGCUAAAAGAGAUCGAAGCAGAUCACCGGCUAGAAGGGAUCGGAGCAAAUCACCAGCAAGAAGGAAUCGGAGUAGAAGCCCGGUCAGAAGAAAUCGCAGCAGAAGUCCCGUCAGGAGGAAUCGAAGCCGAAGUCCUGCCAAACGGAACCGUAGCAGGACACCAGAUAGGAGGGAUCGCAGGAGGCAGAGUUCGGACAGACGGCAGACUAAUGGGUCUCCAAGAAGGCAAGAUGAUCGCCGGGAUAACAAACGAUCUAGGUCACGAUCACCGAAAAAAGAUGCUGCCAACAAAGAAAAUGGAACACAAAAUUCUACCGACAAAUUUCCAGAUCCUACUGUAAUUACCCAACGCCAACGCCGCACCGUGGAUCUGUUAACAUCAAAAACGGGCGGCGCCUAUAUUCCACCUGCAAAGCUGCGCAUGUUACAGGCUGAAAUAACAGAUAAAAAUACAGCGGCCUACCAACGAAUUGCUUGGGAAGCGCUCAAAAAGUCGAUCCAUGGCUACAUUAAUAAAGUGAACGUGGACAAUAUUGGCAUUAUCACCCGUGAAUUGCUCAAGGAGAAUAUCAUCCGUGGUCGAGGGUUGCUUUGUCGUUCCAUUAUUCAAGCCCAAGCAGCCUCACCCACUUUUACGCACGUAUAUGCAGCUCUAGUGGCGAUUAUCAAUUCGAAAUUCCCCAACAUUGGGGAGUUGUUGCUGAGGCGUUUGGUGAUUCAAUUUAAACGAGGUUUUCGCCGCAACGACAAAAACAUUUGCAUUUCCUCAACACGUUUUAUAGCGCACUUGGUCAAUCAACGAGUGGCACAUGAAAUUUUGGCGUUAGAGAUUUUAACGCUUUUGGUUGAGACCCCCACCGACGAUUCGGUUGAAGUUGCUAUCGCUUUUCUCAAAGAGUGCGGUAUGAAACUAACCGAAGUGUCAGCAAAAGGUGUGAAUGCUAUUUUCGAAAUGUUGAAGAACAUUCUACAUGAGGGAAAGCUUGAUAAGAGGGUGCAGUAUAUGAUUGAGGUGGUGUUCCAGGUGAGGAAGGAUGGAUUCAAAGAUCAUCAAUCAGUAAUUGAAGCCCUAGAGCUAGUGGAGGAAGAUGACCAGUUUACGCAUUUGAUUAUGCUCGAUGAAGCGACGGAUGCUGAAGAUGUGUUGAAUGUUUUCAAAUUCGACGACCAGUAUCAGAAUAAUGAGGACAAAUACAAAGGUCUUAGUAAAGAGAUCUUAGGUUCUGGCGCAAGUGGAUCUGACGAUGAAUCUGGUAGCGGCAGUGAAGAUUCAGACGAUGAAGAAGAUGGUGAGGAGGGUCAGGAGAAGACGGGAGGCGUUAUCAUCGACAACACUGAAACGAAUUUAGUGGCUCUACGGCGAACAAUAUACCUCACAAUACACUCAAGUUUAGAUUACGAAGAAUGUGCCCACAAGCUCAUGAAAAUGGAACUGAAACCGGGUCAAGAAAUGGAAUUAUGUCACAUGUUUCUCGAUUGUUGUGCGGAACAACGUACUUACGAAAAAUUCUACGGCUUGUUGGCUCAACGCUUUUGCAUGAUCAACAAGAUUUACGUUCAACCUUUUGAGGAGAUAUUCAAAGACACCUAUCAUACGACACACAGGCUGGAUACGAAUCGCCUGCGAAACGUUAGUAAGUUCUUUGCACAUUUGCUUUUCACUGAUGCCAUUGGCUGGGACGUAUUGGAAUGUAUACACUUGAAUGAGGAUGAUACAACGAGUUCCAGUCGAAUUUUCAUCAAAAUCCUAUUCCAAGAGUUGGCAGAGUACAUGGGACUUGCAAAGCUCAAUGAAAGGUUGAAGGAUCCAACAUUGGCCGAAUCAUUUUCUGGACUAUUUCCAACUGACAAUCCAAGAAAUUCCCGAUUUUCAAUUAAUUUCUUCACUUCCAUUGGUUUGGGGGGCCUUACUGAUGAACUAAGAGAAUUCCUCAAAUCCGUUCCUAAAAAUGUGCCGGCCAUCGCUAAUCCUGAGGCUAUUACGAUUAACAGCAAGAGUAGUAGUAGCAGCAGUAGCUCGAGCAGCAGCAGCAGCUCUUCGUCUAGCUCGUCUGAUAGUUCAGAUGAAUCCUCAUCCUCCUCAUCGUCAAACAGCUCAAGCUCGGAUUCUUCUGAUUCCGAAUCUGAUGAAAAGUCAAAGAGAAAUAAGAAACAUAAAAAACAGAAUGAUAAGCAAUCCAAAAAAUCGAAAGUUGAACGAAAGAAAAAGUUAACCAAGAAACGAUCAAAGAAAGUGGAGACUUCUUCGAGCAGUAGCAGUAGUAGUAGUAGCACUAGCAGCAGUGAAAGCAGCGACGAAGAUGCUCGGCGAAAGCGAAAGAAGAGACCCGCUGGACAGAGGAAAGAGAAAAUCGUGCCCAGGGAUAAAUAUGAACAUUCGAAUAAGCAGAGGAAUGGCGAUAAGUAUCGCUCGACAAAUCACAAAUCACGACGUGGUGAUUCGCGGGGAAGAUAAUCAACUGUAAGAAGUUUGGGUGUGAAUGAUUUUUCUGUAGAUGCUUUAUCAAUUAAGGAUUGUAGUCUUAUGUUCUGACGGAUGCGUAAUGAAAAUAAAGUGUUUUACACAAUUCAUA